CGGCGACGGCGACGAAGGAGCCCCCCCGGCCUCCCCAAGAGGACUCCUCCCCCGCCCCGCGGGGUGAUGGGGGCCGGCUGAGCCGGGGAAGUUGCUCCUGGCUCCCGCCGCGCGGGGGGGGCUCGGCAGCAGGGUUGCUGAGCUGGAAUAUGCAUGUCUAAGAUGGAAACUUCUGCUUCAACUGCUGCUGGGAAAAAGGAAGGGAAAGGUGCAAUUCUGGAGGGGAAUAGCUUUACAGAGACGGGGAAGAAACCUGCUCCCUUAGCAGCGGCGACGGCGGCAGCGGCGGCGGCAGCGGCGGCGGCGGCACAAGGAGUGCCACAGCACAUUUUUCCGCCCUUCCAUGCUCCUUUGCCAAUUGACAUGCGCCACCAGGAAGGAAGAUACCAUUAUGAACCUCACUCCAUCCAUGCUAUUCACGGGCCUCCUGCCCUGAGUGGCAGCCCCGUUAUCUCCGACAUCUCCCUCAUUCGCCUUUCUCCUCACCCGGCAGGACCCGGUGAGUCGCCGUUCAACCCCCCUCACCCCUACGUGAGCCCCCACAUGGAACACUACCUCCGCUCCGUGCACAGCAGCCCGACCCUCUCCAUGAUCUCCGCUGCCCGGGGCCUCAGCCCCGCGGACGUGGCUCACGAGCAUCUGAAAGAGAGAGGCCUGUUUGGCUUGCCCCCACCUCCUCCAGGAGCCAACCCAGCUGAGUACUAUCACCAGAUGACGCUCAUGGCCAGCCAUCCGAACCCUUACGGGGACCUCCUGAUGCAGAGCGGGGGAGCGGCCGGCGCGGCACAUCUUCACGAUUACCUCAGCCCUGUCGACGUGUCAAGAUUUUCAAGCCCUCGGGUGACUCCAAGAUUAAGCAGAAAGCGAGCCCUCUCCAUAUCCCCGCUGUCUGAUGCCAGCAUUGAUCUUCAAACAAUGAUCAGGACAUCCCCUAACUCCCUGGUGGCUUAUAUUAAUAACUCCCGAAGUAGUUCUGCUGCGAGUGGCUCGUAUGGCCAUUUAUCUGCAGGGGCAAUAAGCCCGGCAUUCAGCUUCCCCCAUCCCAUCAACCCCGUGACGUACCAGCAGAUCCUGAGUCAGCAGAGGGGCUUGAGUUCAGCCUUUGGACAUACUCCUCCUUUGAUCCAGCCAUCCCCCACCUUCCCCCCACGGCAGCACGUGGCUGUGCUCUCUGUCAACCCACCUCCUACGCAGAUCAGUAACAACAACAGCUGCAUCCCUGACUCCAAUCAGAGCAAGCAGAGCAGUGAGUCAGCUGUGAGCAGCACGGUCAAUCCAGUAAUUAACAAGCGCAGCAAAGUCAAGACUGAAGUUGAAGGGUUGCCUCCAGCUUCCCCAACCUCUCAGGAGCAUCUGACAGACCUGAAAGAAGAUCUGGAUAAGGAUGAAUGUAAACAGGAGCCCGAAGUUAUUUAUGAGACAAACUGUCACUGGGAAGGAUGCACAAAGGAAUAUGACACUCAGGAGCAGCUCGUCCAUCACAUCAAUAAUGAUCACAUCCACGGAGAGAAGAAGGAGUUUGUUUGCCGCUGGCAGGACUGCACCCGGGAGCAGAAGCCGUUCAAGGCUCAGUACAUGUUGGUGGUGCACAUGCGACGUCACACAGGGGAGAAACCCCACAAGUGCACGUUUGAGGGUUGCUCCAAGGCCUAUUCCCGGCUGGAGAACUUAAAGACACACCUGAGAUCUCACACUGGAGAAAAGCCCUAUGUCUGUGAACACGAGGGUUGCAAUAAAGCCUUUUCCAAUGCUUCAGACAGAGCUAAGCACCAGAACAGGACGCACUCCAAUGAGAAACCCUAUGUCUGCAAGAUCCCAGGGUGCACAAAGAGGUACACAGACCCCAGUUCCCUCAGGAAACACGUUAAAACUGUCCACGGGCCCGAUGCCCACGUCACGAAGAAGCAACGCAAUGACGUUCACCCAAGGCCCCCGCCGCUCAAGGAAAACGGCGAUAACGAAGCCAGUGCCAAGCAGAGCAGCAAGAUCUCAGAAGACGGCUCUGAAGCCAACGGUACCGCCAGGGGCAUGGAGGACUGCUUGCAAGUCAAGACGAUAAAGACGGAGAAUUCUGUGAUGUGUCAGUCCAGUCCUGGUGGCCAGUCGUCGUGCAGCAGUGAACCAUCACCGCUUGGCAGCACCAACAACAAUGACAGUGGAGUAGAAAUGAAUAUGCACAGUGGGGGAAGUCUGGGAGAUCUGACUGCGCUGGAUGACAACGCUCCUGUUGUGGACUCAACAGUCUCAUCUGGUAAUUCGACGGUCAGCCUUCAGCUGCGGAAACACAUGACAACGAUGCAACGGCUCGAACAGCUCAAGAAAGAGAAACUCAAGACAGUUAAGGACUCCUGCUCAUGGGUGACCCCAGCUCCACAAGCCAGAAACACCAAGCUGCCUCCCAUAUCAGGAAACGGCUCCUUACUUGAAAACAAUGGUGGCUCCUCUACUACCCUGCCGAAUCCCAGAAUAAUGGAGCUGUCCGUCAAUGAGGUUACGACACUGAAUCAAUUAAACGAACGGCGAGACAGCGCCACGAGCACCAUCAGCUCCGCCUACACGGUCAGCCGCCGGUCAUCGGGGAUAUCCCCUUACUUCUCCAGCCGCCGCUCCAGCGAAGCGUCGCAGCUCGGGAAUCGCCCCAACAACACCAGCUCCGCCGACUCCUACGACCCGAUUUCCACCGAUGCCUCGCGCAGAUCGAGUGAGGUCAGCCAGUGUAGCGGGAUGCCAGGCCUGCUCAACCUCACACCGGCUCAGCAGUACAGGCUGAAAGCCAAGUACGCGGCUGCCACCGGCGGCCCUCCUCCCACUCCUCUGCCCAACAUGGAAAGAAUGACCCUGAAGAAUAAGAUCUCUCUUCUUGAUGGGCCGGAGCCAGGUUUGCCUUCGUUUCGCCUCCCUCCUGGGCCGAGGCGCUGCAGCGAUGGCAGCACUUACGGGUACACGGCCGCCACGGCUUUUCCUCACGAGGUCCCGGGCAACACCACGAGACGUGCGAGCGAUCCUGUCAGAAGGCCGGUUGCAGAACUGCCGUCCCUCCCCAGAGUCCAUCGCUUCAACAGCACCAACAGCAUGAAUCCUCUCCCCCCUCCACAUCCUGUGGACAGAAGGAAUUUCGGCCUUCAGAGCUACAUGCGCGCCGAUGGGAACCUUCCCAGGCACGUCUAUUCGCCUCGACCUCUAAGCAUUAGUGAAAAUAUUGCCAUGGAAGCAAUGUCUGGCGAGACAGAUGGCCCCGUUGGAGAGGAUGACAUUAUGCUGCCAGAUGAUGUAGUGCAAUAUAUCAAAUCUCAGAACAAUGGGACAGCUGUGGAAAGCACUUCCAUGGGGUACGGUAAUGAGAUGCAAAACUUCCAAGGCAAUGGCAAACUACAACCCCAGAGCUUGCCCGGCCAACGCAGGAUGGCUGUAGCUGAUGCAGGCCUGAGCCAUUUGGGUCCGAUGAUGGCAGAUUGCCAACUGAGCUUUGACGUGUCCUCAAACAUGAGUAAAAACAAUAUGCCCGUCCAGUGGAAUGAGGUUAGCUCGGGAACGGUUGAUGUUAUGUCUAACCAAGCAAAGCAACCGUUUUCCCAAGGCAACUUAGCCGUUGUCCAACAGAAGCAGAACUUUGGCCAGUAUCAAAACUUCAACCAGCAGCAAAUGCAGAUGAGUCAGAGUGGCAUGAAUGUAACCCAGCAAAACUUCUUGCAAAGAAAUGUGAGCCUAGAUGGGCAAAGGCUAAAUUGCAUGCAGAUGAGGCAACAGCAAAUCAAUCCCGGCAUGAACAUGAACCCGGAUUUGAGCCCACACCCAGGGUAUAACCAGCCUCAUCAAAUGUUGAGCCCAAAUGCAAUCGGUGGAGAUCCAAACCAACUUUCUCCUUCUUGUAGCAACAUGGCAGUGAAGCCUGGACCCCACAUUCAUCCUCAGCAAAUGGACAUGGCGACUGAUCCCUCCUUAAUGCUCAACAGUAACGGUGAACGCGUGAUGCUGAAUCAGGUCAUGCAUGAACAAAAUCAGCAGAGCUAUUCAUCUCAGACAAAUCACCUGAACUUUGCCAUGAGUCAGGAGGUGUUCCAUCAGCCCGCUUCUUUAAUGACCUCAAACCAGCCAAACUUUGAGCCCCAACAGAGCAUGAUGGGUUCAACCGGACAGGCCUACACUCCCGGGAUGGUACAGCCUCACCCGCCGCCUGAACCGAGUCCAGCAAACAGACAUCGAGGACUGCGCACCAUGCAGCAGCUAGGCUACAUGAGGACUGCCCACCCUCCUAACGACAUGAGCCCCGGCCAGGAAACCACUCCAAAAAGAACCAGCGACAUGAUGCCGACGCAGCCUCUGCAAUGUGCAGGCGGCGCAAGGGAGACCAAUUUGAUGUACUAUUACGGUCAGAUCCACAUGUACGAGCAAAACGGUAACUUCGAUAACUCUGUCGCGGACUGCCGAGUCCGACAGCAGCAGUGUGCCAUGAGCAGCAAGCCGGCUGCUAUGCCUUCUCCCGGAGCUAAUCAGGUGUCCAGCACGGUGGACUCGCAAGGUCUGGAGCCUCCCCAGAUAGAUUUUGAUGCCAUCAUGGAUGAUGGAGACCACUCGAGCCUGAUGUCAGGAACCCUGAGCCCUAGCAUUCUGCAGAACCUCUCCCAGAACUCCUCUCGUCUAACGACUCCACGAAACUCUCUGACGCUGCCGUCCAUCCCAGCGGGAAUAAGCAAUAUGGCAAUAGGCGACAUGAGCUCCAUGUUAACCACCCUGGCGGAAGAGAGUAAAUUUCUGAACAUGAUGUCUUAAUGAUCAAGCACAAGUGUUUAAUAGUAUCCAAGGGACCCUCUGUGAAGCAGAAUUUAUGAAUGUGCUUUUUAAAAUAAUCGGUUUCGAUAGAGUAGAAUUUUUUUUUUUUGGUUUUUUGGCAAGUAUUAAAUACGUUAAAGGGAUUCCACGUAAUAAAGAAGACGUCUCUUGUACAGACUUAUGUAAACUAUAUAAAGGCAAUUUAGCGCCGAAAGAGUGCACCGCUAGUGUUAUUGUUUCGGCUUGGUUUGAGGAGCACUGAGCAGCGCUACCGCCAAGCUAGAAUACUGCAUAAAAAUGGAGAAAAAAAGUAACUCCUUCCCCCCCCCUGUAAAUAGCACCCCCUUCAUUUUCCUUUAGUUACGUUUGCAAAAAUAACAUUUUUCAACCCACUCCAGAAACAGAUGGAGGGGAUGUGGUUUUGAUCUGAAUAAAAGCCAUACUGUGUACUCUGCUCUGAUGAGAUUAGCAUUUAGUUAUGUCUCCAAAUAAGUCCACUCCCAGCAGUAUUGUUUUGUACCAUAAAUACCUUUGUACCUUGCAGCGCCGUAGAAAGCAUCGAUUCCAAACAGCUUCUCAGAAAAGUGCCUUACUAUGUUUUAGUGUUCAGUAGUCAAGGCAUCUCCAUUAAAAUCAAAUAUAGCGCAUUGCCGGAAGCAUAUAUAAAAUAGGAUAAAUGUACAUUUAAAAAGCAUAGCAGUGUUUCUGAAGAAGAAAAAAAAAAACAACCAACAACAGCAAAACCUGAAAGACACGUUGAAUGAGAAACAUAAAAGAUUAAUGCUCGCUUUUAUCAAAUGUGUUUACAACGUCGGUUGUAUCGUGUGCAGAAGGCAGCAGACGGCAUCCAUCCCAAAACCUCUCUAAUGGCCAGAGGGCUGUGAUCCUACAAAGAUUUAUGCACAUGCUUAACUUUACACGCUAUGACCAGCAACUUCAAUGGAGUAGUACGCUUCAGCUGGGACCUUAAGCAAUUCUUUUUAAUCAGGGAGUUAUAAUUUAAGAAUGAGACUUCACCGCGGCUUAGCUCCAUUUCUUUUUCCUCGUCCCGAUGGAUCAGAUGCUGAAAUUAUGGCAGGGGGACCAUGUCAUGAUCUAGUUAGUUCAAUUAAGUGUUUGAAACUUGGGGCAGGAGAUCAGAUCUCGGAGUGAAAAUCCGCCUGAAAUUUUUCUCUUGGGUGGGUGGAAGGAAUAUAACUCUUAAGAGAAUCCCCCGCCAAGUACGAGUUUUCUGAGUUUCUUUUAUUUUAGGGCCUGAUCCAGCUCCCGUUGCUGUCAGAAGAAAGACUCCUUAAUGCAUUAUUUAUUACAGUCACUAGACAAAAGGGUAGAUGCAUGAACAAAAGACCUCCCUGAAAUACGCUGUCUUAAACAGAAGUGUCUUCCCUUCUGAAUACUGUAGUACUAAAGUCCAUUUACUUUGACGGUGCUAAGUACAUCUAACAGAAGGGUGCAGAUGUGAAAUCCCUUCCUGAUUGCAAACAUCCAGUGUAAUGAGCUUUUUAAAGUCAGACCAAAUGGGCCUGGUUCUCAUUGGCAGGACUCUGUUUUCCUCUCUGUUCUUUUAAAGCUAUUUUACUCAGCGUGGCUCAGUGCCAUCUGCAGACCACAGCACCUACUGGAUGCUUUAAAUAGACACAGCCAGUACCUUCCAGUGCUCUGCUUUUGCCCAAAUCGGUGCCAAAUGAACUGUGCUGAUAGUAGCCCAACCUGGGGCUCUCGCACAAAAGCUGUUAUUUGUAGUCCAACUUUGUAACGGCGAACGCACCAGAACGCUGUGCAGAACUGGAGUUCGCAUGAACCAUUCAACCAGGCUCCGAUCAUCGGGCCCCACGUGUAGUCCUGUUCACUUCAGUGGGACGACUUGUGGCAUAAGGGACCGGUCAGGGAAAGGAAGUAUAUUGCAGUCAGGGCCUGCCUAACUCUUAUGAACCUUCUCCUGGAUCCCUUCCACGUCUUUAACUGUCCUUGACUUCCGUGAGAGCUCAGGGUGUGCUAGGAAAGCAAGAUCAAGCGGGAGAGAUGGAGUGACUCACGUCUGCUUGAAAGAGGACUUUAAAAGGGUUGUGGUUUUGUUCACUGCACGUAUUCUCUGGCUGUUACUGACCUUGUCCUCACCCUUGCGUUUGCGGUGCAUUUUAGGACUCGGUGUGCUGUACUGGGCACUUGGAGGAAGUUUCAGGCAUCCCCAUCCCUUGUGCUGAGAUGGAUCGGGUCUUUGCAUCUCCAUCGACUGUUUGAUUUAUUUGGCCGAUGGACGCAGCAGUGAUUGUUAGCGAGCCCCAGUUUGUACAGCAAGAAAAGAUCAAACCUAAAAGCAAAACCAAAUCUCCAAUGACUUUGAGAUUUCUCUGGCUUUUCAGUGGUGGUCUUCCUUCAUUUACUAAAAUAGUAUUAUGAUAACUGUUCCAGCACUGUAUAUAUUAUGUAUAGAAGACAUCAUUACUAAGAGUACCAUAGGUGAAUUGUUCUGUCAGAUUUAUAUCUCCAGAACAUUUUUAGCUGUUUUCUACAUCAUAAGAACCAGAGGUAACAUGCUGAACCUGUAUAUAAGCCUUUUGUACAUUAAAAAGUAAUUUUUUUUCAUAA